GUCUUUAUUUAGACCCGUAUAAAAAUAAUGCUUCCACUUGUACAUAGAUGAACGACAAUCAGGAACUCUUUCAGGCUGCGUGUUAUUUCGCGUUGCCCGUGGUUACAAGGGAUCGUGGAAAUCACUGCUCACUUUGCCGCAGGUCUCGGGGUUCAUAGAAGUUCUCGUUCGCUUACAGGAAUCCGUAGCUUGUGAAACAAAGCUUCCGGUAGAAAAAGAGGAUUUUGUUUAAACUCUCAGCUUUUUGGGGUUUUUGGAAGUCGCGCACCUGUGGACUACUACUACUACUACUACACACACACGCACGCGCGCGCGCGCACAAAGCACGGAGGAAAAAAAAACGCACGUCUUUGAGGAAAGCAAGUUUCGGUUAAAUAAAAGCACCGGACACCAGGUGAGAUGCUCUGACAGAUGAUUUAGGUGGUUGUGGAGGCAAGGCAACAGCUGUCAGUCAGAGCUCGGACCCCCUCCUCUCCUCGCGCAGUGCGCAUGACCGUCGGGAGAGAACCGCACAGGCGAGGGAAAUUUAAAAAACGGUUUUUUCUUGCGGGACAACAAGUGCCCCGACCAACAGUAGAGCUUUCCUCCGUCUCGUUAUCCCAGAUUUUCUAUACCGCAGAACAACUGCGGCAUUAACAGAAGAUGAUCGAAAGUGGAAUUACGAGCAGGAUGUCAGGAAUUCACGAAAACCCUGCGCAAAGUCACCACACCUCCGCACAAGACUACAGACUCCUGACUACUGACCCUUCGCAGCUGAAGGACGAGCUGCCUGGUGAUCUUCAGUCCCUGUCCUGGCUCACCUCCGUGGAUGUUCCCCGUCUGCAGCAGAUAGGAUCUGGACGAGCUGAUUUUGCCGGUUCUGCUCAGAAUAGCCUGCUGGAGCGGCAGACAGCUCAGCUGAACAGCAUGACGGUAGCAGGAGCAGCAGGGUCCGCGAUUCAUCUACAGACUGAAAUGCAGCACAGCCCUCUGGCCAUCAGCAGCAUGCCCCAGUUUUCCCCUGGGUUUCCGUGUGCUGCGUCAGUAUACCAGACUGCACCUCAACAAGUUCUCACUUUCACUCAGGCAAACCAACAGUGUUCUCCCGGUGGGCUUUAUGGCAACUACAACAACCAGAGCCUGUUUCCUCAAGCUCGUAUUACUGCUCACAACCAGGACCUGCAGCCCAAGACUUUCCCUAAACCCAUCUACUCCUACAGCUGUCUGAUCGCCAUGGCUUUGAAGAACAGCAAAACGGGCAGCCUUCCUGUUAGUGAGAUCUACAGCUUUAUGAAAGAGCACUUCCCUUAUUUCAAGACGGCACCUGACGGAUGGAAAAAUUCUGUACGCCACAACCUGUCCUUGAACAAGUGCUUCGAGAAGGUGGAGAACAAGAUGAGCGGUUCUUCCAGAAAGGGCUGUCUUUGGGCACUCAAUCCUGCAAAGAUCGAUAAAAUGGAGGAAGAGAUGCAGAAAUGGAAACGCAAAGAUCUCCCAGCCAUCCGCCGCAGCAUGGCCAAUCCAGACGAACUAGACAAACUCAUUACAGACAGACCGGAGAGCUGCAGACAAAAGUCCAUCGAGACUGGCAUGACUCGCCUGCCCAGCUGCCCACCAGGGCCCACCCUCCCAAUCCCAGCGCAGAUGCAGCCCCAGCCAGUGGUCACUCUCUCUCUCCAGUGCCUCCCUAUGCAUCAGCACCUUCAAAUGCAGCUCCAGAAUCAGUCCCGCCUGGCUCCGGCCUCCCCCGCUCCCGCUCAGACACCCCCCCUCCACACCAUCCCCGACCUGGCAAACAGCUCCCUCCCUCAGCAUCCCGCCAAGCAGCACGGCGACUUCUACACGGUUCACACCGACGUGAAUUCAGAGGUGGACGCGCUGGACCCGAGUAUCAUGGACUUCACCUGGCAAGGAAACCUGUGGGAGGAGAUGAAGGACGACAGCUUUAACCUGGAGGCAUUAGGUACACUCAGUAACUCCCCACUUCGGCUGUCUGACUGUGACCUGGACACCGGCAAUGUCACACCUGUGUCCAACGCAGGAGGACUGCCUUACCCAGACCUGCAGGUGACAGGCCUCUACUCUUCAUACUCGGCCGUGGAUGCCCUUUCUAACCAGUACAUGAACACACAGGGAGGAACAAAGCCUAUCGUUUUGCUUUAAUUGCACCGGCAAGAAAUUAAACGGGCUGAGCUUUACUUCCCGGGGGACCCUCUAUAAAGCUUUCAAACUCCAAAAAAAAACAUCUCGCAACACAGAAUUCUUCCAAGGCAGCCAAAAAUGAUCGCAACAUCAGAAAGAAAACAUGCUCAACUAAAACGAGUAGCGUUUAUGGUGACGUCGCAGUAUUUAAAGUUGUCAUUUGCAUUGACUGUAUUAACUGCAUUAAAUGCAAUGGGUUUGAAGGGACCGAAUCAGCGGUUGUAGAGAAUCUGCAGGGUGAGGGAGUAGGACCGAUUUCCUCUAAAAGCGCAGUCCGGUACGGAUACUGGGAUCGUGGCCAAACAUAAUCAUACAAAUUGCAGUGUUGUUAUCACUAUACGCCUAAUGCAAAUUGUGAGCAAACAACAUUUAAAGAACAAAGAUCAAAUUAUGGGAAUUAUGAUUUUGAGUGUUGCCAAGCUUUUUACUGUAACAUAAAAGGAACUUGUUUCCUUCUCAUUUCGUCCAUGUAACUGUUAGCCUUGUAACUGUAGUUGUGUGUCUUUUGUUGUACCGUGAUAGACUGUAUCUGCUCUUUGUUUGUUUUAUUAUUUAUAUUUAUGAAAAGAGCUGAAAUGGUGACAUGAAUAAUUUUUUAUUGUAUAUAUCUAAAUAUUUUGAAUGCAAGCAAUAAAGUUUCACAUUCAGAUUGAAAGAUGUAUUAAUCUAACUUUUUUUUUUUACCAGUGUUGGGAAGGUUACUUUGGAAAUGUAAUGCAAUAAAUUACAGAUUGCCCUCA